GAAGUCAAGGAACUUGAUGUACUCUCAGGUUGGGCGCCCCGCGCCUGGUACAGCACGAUGGUGAACCUGGACGAGGCCUACAGCUUCCUUGGCCAGCUCGGCCUCACCGCCACCGACGCCCGCGGCGGGGCUGCCAGGGACACCGCGCCGUCCCAACACGCUUCGACGCUGAACACCCUCAUUGGCACGGGCAAGCUUCAGAGUGACACGAGGACCAGUGGGUCGUAUGGCAGCGUUGGGUCCCCUGCCGUCAACGUGGCCAUCAUCGGCAAUUGGCAUUGGAAAAUGUUGAUGGCCGUGGAGAGAGGGCACGUCGGCAACCACGUGGCGGCCACGAAAGAGCGGAGCAUUUACUGCGCCGGCCCGGCCGCCAAGCGCCACGAGCCCCUCCCCGCUGACUUCGAGAUGCCGCGAGAUGAGAACGGGGUCGCUUACCCCCGCUGGACGUGGUUGCCAUUGACGGCAAGAUUGGCGGACAGCUUCGGCUGGAGCCACUACUACCAGGAGCCCGACGAAGCCGAGCGGGACUUGGAGGCUGGGCCCCUGGACGAGGCCGAGGGCGCGGGGUACAGCAUCAACCUGCCGGACGGCGUGGAGGUGCGCCUGCGGUAUCGGUACGACGCUGGCACUCUGCAGACGCAGUGUCGGAUUUCUGCGAGGUGGAUGUUGCCAUCGCCGUACACGGCGCUGGUUCCUGGGGUCCGGCGCGUCAUCGGCUUCUUCAAGACCAGGCCGCACUUUACGAUCCCGUUCGAGCCGACGGCGCGCGAACACCUCCUCGGAGCGCAGCUCGAGCAGAGCCUCCUCGCCAGCGCGUCCCGCGGGGAGGAUGGUCCUGGCGAGGCCCAGCACGGGGCGGCGGCUGGCCAGAUUGGGGUCUGGGCAGGCCUUCUGCGCAUCUUGCGCAUGGCAGCCGCCGACGCAGACCCCGAUCCAGCGACGUUCGCCAUCACCACGGACGAUGUGGACUUGAGCACGCGCAUCGUGCAGAUCAGUCUGCAGAUCAAGAAGCUCGCGCGCCAGACCGCUGACCUGGUCGGCCCGCCGGACGACCAGCGCGACGCCGCGGGUGCCGUGCGACGCCCCGUUCGCGGGGAUUACGACCGCCGCCGUUUCGCGCCCGCUUACUUGUCGCAGGCAGGCGGCGAGGGCGGCGUCGGGGGGAGUCCGGCCGCGGCCGCGGAAAUUGCGGACGCCGCGGGGGCUGCUGGCGGCGGUGCCGCGGAGGCGCCCGCGGAGCUAUCGCCCGAGGCAGAAGCGGCGGCGCCGGGGGACGCCGCUGGCCACGCCGCGGCGGAGGAGGCCGCUCCGACCGCCGUGCCCUCGGACCAGGCCGACAUCGGCUCGCUUGCGCCUCCCGCCGCCGCCGGCCAGGCCGCGGCGGUUGCGCUGCCGGCCGCGGCGAGCGCGGCGCCCCCCGGCCGGGCCGAGGGGGCGCCUGCGGUCCCCCAGUGGAUGGACCUGGCGGACCUGGAGCCCAUGGAGGCGUUCUUCAAGGUGGGCAUGGGAGAGAACGGCGCCAUGUUGAUUCGCCCGGACGAGGACGGCAAGACCAUCAUCACCGACAGGCACUACGUGCAGCGCUUGUUCCUGCUGGGUGCCGACUCUCUCACCGUGCCCCAGAUAGCGGAGCGCCUGCGCGUCCAUUUGCCCGACCCGCCCGCGCCGCCCGCGCCGCGCGGCGGCGCCGCCAGCCGCGGGGGCACGGUCAAGAAGACCAAGAACCGAUGGUGCGUGCCGACGGCCGAGCUCCGCUCUUUGAUGCUCGCAUUGGCCGCGGAUUUCCCAAGGAUCUGCACUUUCGUCAACGACGUCGUGGCAUUUCGGGAUUUUCCCGAGGAGGUCGAGGGGCAGGUCAAAAUGCACGCCCAGUUCAUGAAGUGCGCGGGGGUUACGCUCCACGAGGUGUCGGAGGCGCGGGUGCAGUUCCUGAAGAAUCAGG